AUGUCAAAGACAGCUGCUCUUGUAUCCGAGGGUAAGUUUGCCUUUACCAACGGCUUCUUCUUCGCGGAGGCAUCCGAUCAUCGGCACCGACGGGCGACUCAAGAGGAACUAAGAACCCAUUUCGCGUCCGGUAGUGAUAAAGAUUACACUGCCCAUUGGUUUGAGGCACAGCUCAUCCACUAUGGACUCCAGCCAUCAAAGGUGAAGUCUAACAAGUUGAAGAAAGAAUGGACGAAACGGGACAGGGCAGAAAAAAAAGCAGCAAAGAAUGUGAGUUCGACCGCGGUGCCUCAGGUUGAGGCCACGGAAAAGUCAACUAGAAAAAGAAAAGCAGAUGUCACGGUCAAUGUGACCAUCAAUGCAAAUCAUCUGGGGAACACCGCUUCAUCAGCGCCAAUAGCAAAUGAAUUCAAGAGAGCUAAGGCAUCAAAAUCAUCAGAAAAUGGCUCUGCACCAAUGCCGCCUCGGUUUACGAUGAGACAGACGGCACGUCGUGGCGGUAGCUCACAAAGUUCGAGGCGCCCAGAACCUGUGACACGCACUUCUCCUGCUCCGGCUCCUCCAAUUAGUUACAUGGCCAGACGUGGUUCUCUUUCUGUUUCACAUGGUCGUGUUCAAUCCUCACGAGCUCAAAGCGAUGUAUAUAGUGAUUACACACAUGUGGACUCCUUCGAUGAGCCACCUCCGCCGUACAAGGAUUAUUGUGAGGACAGCAGUCGUUAUGAUGGAACGGCUAGCCUCUUACCCCUUGGCCUCCUAAAUAGUCGAUACGAUAUCAGCUCUCCCUACGUCGAAUCUCAAUGGCCUCGGUAUGCCUCGGAGCUCAGUCUUGUGUUUACUAUCGCUGGCUCUAGCUUAUGGGGAAGAUUUGACUUCGGCAUCAUUGAGGGGGUGCUAUACUUUGAAGAGCGGCCGUGGAGCUCUUCUUAUGAUAGCAUUCCAUUCUUUUGGCGCGGCCGUGAGGCCGAAGGCCCUAUUUCAUAUGACGAUGAGAAUAAUAGAGGCUGGAUAAAGUUUCUUGGUGAUGGUCGUAUCGAAGGAUGGAUUGAUCACCAAGGGGUCCAAUUCGAGGGCCAGCGACUACCAGGUCAAGGCACUAGGAGCGAAAUUGAUGCAAGCACUAUGCAGAAUGAAUGGGAUCUGUAUACUGAAGAAGAGUACAAUCGGCUGAAUGAAGCACGCUGGAGAUAA